AAACGGGCAAGGAAAGAGCUGCCUGAAACGGCGACAGAGGAGCACGGAUGAUGCAGGAGGACGGAGGACACCAGCGGGGAAUGGAAGGAAGCGCCGCCCGGGAGGAGAAGGAGGAGAGCGGUACCCCCGGAGCAGCUAUGCCCUGUCUUGGCGCGGCUUCCCCCGGAGACGGCGGAGAAAGGCCGGGAGGCUCCGGGGCUGCAGGAGGGAUUAUUAGCCCAGAAGGACUUUGGGAAACGCGGCUGCCUGGAGGGCGAUGCGGGAAGGAGGAAACGGGCGAACACCCCGAGACGGUCCUGGAGGGCGGGGCGUCCUUCGGAAGACCCCGGAAUCCCCAAAGAAUCCAUGAGGAAGGAAGGAAAUAUCAGUGCCCGGAAUGCGAGAAAUUCUUCAAGAGCAAAGAGCAUCUUCAGAGCCAUCUAAAGGUCCAUUCAGGAGAAAAACCUCAUAAGUGCCCGAAGUGUGGAAAGUGCUUCAUUUGGAGGAGUAUCUUUUAUAUACAUCAAAAGAUCCACAGAGGGGAGAAACCAUUUAAAUGCCUCGAGUGUGAAAAGAGCUUUUGUUGGAGGGGCAACCUUUAUAAACAUCAAAGGAUCCAUUGGGGAGAGAAACGGAAGAAAUGCCUGAAGAGCGGAGGGUCCUUCGGAAGACUCCAGAAUCCCCGAAGGAUCCAGAAGGGAGGAAGGAAAUAUCAGUGCCCAGAAUGCAAAAAAUCCUUCAAGAGAAACAACCAUCUUGAAAACCCUCUAAAAAUCGACUCAUUUAUUAAUCUACAUAAAUGCUUUGAGUGUGGAAAGAGCUUCAAUUGGAGAGCAGAACUUAUGCAACAUGCAAGAAUCCACACUGGGGAGAAACCAUUUAAAUGCCUGGAGUGUGGAAAGAACUUCAGUCAGUUGGGAAACCUUUAUCGACAUCAAAGGAUCCACACAGGAGAAAAACCUCAUGAAUGCCUGGAAUGUGGAAAGAGCUUCAUUCAGAGGAGCAGCCUUUAUACACAUCAGAGGAUCCACACAGGAGAAAAACCUCAUAAAUGCCUGGAGUGUGGAAAGAGCUUCAGUCAGAGGAGCAGCCUUUACACACAUCAGAGGAUCCACACAGGAGAAAAACUUCAUAAAUGCCUGGAGUGUGGAAAGA